AGGGUGGCGGUAAUGAGAUUCUCCACUUCUCUCAACCACCAAAGAAGAAUUACGGGAAAAGUCAAGCGGCGAGGAGUGGAUGAACACGUAUGAUGCGUAUGAGCACCCCAAUGUUAGAAGAAACAUGGCAUUACCCGUUGGUUGUGAGCAUUAUGUUCGCAGCUGUCUGUUGAAAGCCCCCUGCUGUGGUAAACUGUACGUGUGUCGGCUGUGCCACGAUGCAGAGGAGAACCACCAGAUGGACCGCUUCAAAGUCAACGAGGUGCAGUGCUCCGAGUGUCAAACCGUUCAACAGUCUCAACAGACAUGUAAGCAGUGCCAGAAGCAGUUUGGGGAGUAUUACUGUGAUAUUUGCCACUUGUUUGACAAAGAUAAGAAGCAGUACCACUGUCAGCCUUGUGGAAUAUGCAGGAUUGGGCCGCGGGAGAAGUACUUUCACUGUGAGAAGUGCAAUUUAUGUUUAGCUCAGGAUCUUCGAGGAAACCACAAGUGUGUGGAAAAUGUAUCGAGGCAGAACUGCCCCGUGUGCAUGGAGGAUAUUCACACGUCCAGAAUCGGCGCUCACGUUCUGCCUUGUGGCCAUCUUUUACACAAGACCUGCUUUGAUGACAUGGUCAGAACUGGAGCAUAUCGCUGCCCUCUGUGUAUGCACUCUGCUUGGGACAUGAAGGACCACUGGGAUCAGAUAGACAAAGAGAUUGCUCACUCACCAAUGCCCUCUGAAUACCAGGGUGUUACUGUCAAAGUCAUUUGUAACGACUGCCAAGCCCACUGCACGGUGCCUUUCCACGUGUUGGGGAUGAAAUGCACCGGCUGCAGCUCCUACAACACGGCGCAGGACGGCGGGCUGAUCCAGCAGCCGGCACCGCCGCCAGGGGACGAUCAGAACCAGGCCGAGGCGGAGGCCGAAGUGGAGGCCGAAAUGGAGGCCGAGCCGGAGCAGGGAGGUCACACCCAGUCGCCUCUGCCGCAUUAACCCACCCCAUGGACCCGGAUGGCACUUCCUGUAACAUUUGACUUCAAAUCAGUUUCAAACUAGACUGAGCUUCUCUGGCUCCUCUGCUUGGCCAGAAAUCCCAGCAUGCAGCAGGGGAGGACGUUCCACGCCGAGCGUUUAAGAAACACCAGUCAAACUGAGCUGUGCAGCAGCUGUGGGACGCACAGCUGCUUAUCCGAUGCGUUCAGGGUACAGGUGUUACACACAGAUCCUCGAUGGUUGUCGUCCUGCAGGUUUUAGACGGUUCCCUGCUUAUGCACCUCUUGUUAACAUCAAUGUGACAUGAAAAGGCUUGUGCAGAGCUUAAUCUUUUAGGUGUAGGAGCAGGGAAACGUCUGAAGCCUGCAGGACCCGAGUGUGAGACCCAUGGUUUAGGGAGUGUCAGGAAAGUGUCGGGAGUGGUCAAGCUCAUAAAUGUGAUAUUUACAUUUCAGAUGUUUCUGUUUUCAGACUUUACAAUCGUCAUUCUAAUUGUUUAUUCUACUCUGAAUUGAAGGUGUAAUGGUUUUUAAAUCAGUGUGAAAACCUGAGGCCUCUGUUUCAUCUAAGUGAGGAUUACAGCCCCUUGAUUGAAAAACAAGCUCAACUUGCAAAUGCCACAAUAAUGGUUUCCCAUUUUACGGGUCUGAAAUAAUUUUAACCAGGCAGAGGAUGCUGUUGGCUUUGUGUUAGCUGCAGUGUAUACAGCUCCUGAUGUUCUGAUUACCAGUUCUUGCAGUGACAAAUGUUUCCAGAAUCCUUCCUCCUUUGGGUGAUGUGCCAUUUUGCAAGUAACAGUGACUGUAAUUAAACCAUUAAAUAUUUGCUCAUGUUCAAGGCCACUUUAUGGAAAAAAUCUUUACAUUUGCACCAGUUGGAAAAGUACCAAUAUUGAAUAAGCUGAUCUGAAACAAAUGGGAAGUGUAGCAGUUGAAGUUAGAUUUACAUAAAGUUAAUAUCAAUUUAUAUUGUGCCACUUCAUCUGCAAUUCCCCCUAUUGCUUGCAGGGUGGAGAGACAAUGGUCU